AUGUCACCCUCCUCCCCCACCGAAUCCGGCGACCUCCUCGAAGACGCGCACUUCGUCCUCAAAACCGACCCCCACAACGCCUUCUCCACCACCCUCCACGGCGUCACCUACGAGCACGUACAGCCCGUUACUUGUACGGCGACCGACUACGACACCUGGCGCUUGGCGCCUUUCAGGAAGGCGGAGCUGAGUCGGCCGCUGUCGUCGAUUCUGAAUUUGCUGUUGUGGCAUCGGGAGACGUUUGUGGGGAGGCGGGUGAACGAUGAAGUGGAGAUGUUUGAGGAGGGGAUGAAGUAUGAGUACGCAGAGCUACGCCGCGACAUGCAAGCCCGCGGCCUCACCGUCCGCGCCUACGUCCCGCAAGCCGAAGGCGCCAAAUUCCCGCGUCCAGGCCCGAAAGCCGUCGCCGGCGAAGGCGAAGGCGUGACGCUGAUCAAGAAAUGCCACGAGCACCUCGAAUCGAUCAUCGAGCUGAACUAUCCCGAAGGAAUCGAGCAUGGCCUCCUAGCCAGCAUCCCAGGCCGCAAACGCGCGCUUGCCAUCCUGCGUGUGCCCGAAGAGGACGUCGACUCCAACACCGUCACCAUCACCGAGGAGAUUACCGCACGCAAAGUCCCCUGUCCUGUCAUCGGCACCAUCGCGGACGGGAAGGUGAAGUUCAGCAUCGAGGAGGCGGAGGUGAAGAAGUUCUUCGAUAGCCUGGGGCGGCUGGAUACGGCGACGUUCCAGGAUGUUGUGGCGGAGAAGGAGGAGCGGGAGAAGCAGGCGGCGUUGGCGGAGAAGCGGAAGGCGAAGAAGCAUCGGCGGAAUGUGGUGAGUUCGAGCAAUACGUUUGUGGAGAGUGAGCAGUCGUCUUCGGUGGGGUUUGGGGGUGGGGAGGAUGGGGAGGCGGCGAGGACGAGGCAGAAGGCGAAGUAUGCUGACAAGAGGAAGGCCCAAAAGGAGAAGCGCAAGCGUCAAGCCGGCUCCGACGAAGCCAACACCACCACCCACAACUGCUCCCCAGCAAAGACCAACAAAUCCGACGCCUCAGACGACGACGAGAACAAACCCAUGACGAUCCAGAACUACAGCACCGACGAGCACGGCAACCUGACUGUAGAAGAAGUCACCGGACCCGUGCUCAUGGUCCUGCUCGCUGCUCAUAAUGCCGCUAACUCCCAGCAGGAGAACGGCAGUAGCAAUGAGGAGACGAAGAAGGUGACUGAGCUCGGGGAUGGGGAUAGUGAUGCUGCGGAUGGGAGGUUCGAGGACGCGAACGAGGAUGGGGAGAAGGGGGUGGAGGUGGUGACAUACGGGACGCAGGAGGAAAAGGAAGCGGAGGUGGCGAAGCGGGCGGGGAGGUCGAUGGUGGAGGUUGAUAAGACGGGGGUGGAGGGGUUGAAGUAUUUGGGUCGUGGGCUGUAG